UUUUGCUGCUUGUUCAUCAUUUUAUGUUUCGAUUUGUUUUGUGCAUUUCUGAUCGACUUUUUAAAUAGCAAUUAUUAAAAUAUUUUGUCCUCUAAACAACUUCCGUUUUAAAAUCGUGACGUGAUCUUGAGAAAGAUGUAAUUCCAUUUAGUUUGACAAGGUUAUCUGUUGCUUGAAACUAGGACUACUUGUAUCAUGUCUAAAGUUCAAGAGAAGAUUCAAACGGCCAAAAAUCUAGAGGAAGUAGAUUCCUUCAAGAAACAGGCUUGGAAGGAUUAUGACCGGCUGUACGCUGAGUUGGAGUUCACAUGCCAACGAGCGGCCAUGAUGCACCAGCAUGAAGCCUCAAGAUAUGAUAGGAAAAGUUAUUACAUAGAAAGUGCUGCCGAGAUUGUAGGAGGAAGCUCAGUAGUUAGUGGAGUUGUUGGGGUACUUAAAAACAAAAUGAACCUGUUAACAAGUAGGACGGGUUUAGCUGCUGUAGUGGGGCUACCUUUAGCUACUGGUCUGGAGUUCCUGGGCAAAGGCAAAGGAACUGCGUUACCAACGUUACACGACAAGGCGGAGAAACAUAAGAAUUCAGCUGCUGGGUGGCAACGUUUGGCAAGACUGACACAGUCCUACAGGAUCUUAAUGGACGACCCACGUUAUGACGCUGUACAGUACGCCCAGUGGUACAAGGAACUCGUGGACACGCAGCAAUCAAUCGCUACCAUCGUGGAAGUGCCUGACUCGAUCGUGGAACUAUUUGACGACCCCGUCGAGGUGAUUAAACCACUCAGGAAAAAUAAACGGCUCUUUCAGCGCUAUAUGAAACUGCAGGACAACAAGGACGAGGCUCAUGAAGGAGGCGACGCAUGAACCAGUUGGACUGAUAUCUUCCAUAAAUGAAUAAUUAAAAGCCAUGUUUUUUUUUUCUGAAAUGAUUCAGUAAUUGUUGAAGUUGAAGACAAUGUUUUAUUUUAUUUUCAAAUGUGUUCGUCUCCGUAGCUCUCGUAGGGGCACAUAACGUUUUUUGUUUUUGAUUUAGUAAAAUCUUGAAACAAGAAAA